AUGCCAGAAACACCAAGGCGACGUCACUCAGUUGGCUCACCCCUAAAAAAUCAGAGAGAAUUUACUGUCCCUUUAAAUGACGAUGCAUCAGAAAAACGUCAUCGAAGAAAAUCUUUAGUAGAUUCCGUACGGAGAUCCUUACUAUUUGCUUCUCCAUCUGCGGUAGCUUCGGGUUCUGAAACCCAACAUGCUUCCAGCAGUCGAAUGUCUACUCCUCAACGUGUAGGUACCCUGUCAAUAGAGGCCGUCACCCCUAUACCACAGAUACCUGUCGAACAAAUGUAUUUGAAUUUCGAAGAAUGGAUGAAAAUGGCUACCGAUAAUAAAAUUAACGCUAACAAUAGUUGGAAACUUGCCCUAAUCGAUUAUUUUCAUGAAAUGAGUUUAUUGAAAGAAGGUGAUUCAAUAAAUUUUCAAAAGGCCUCUUGCACUCUGGAUGGAUGUGUAAAGAUCUAUACAUCACGUGUUGAUUCUGUUGCCACUGAAACCGGAAAAUUAUUGAGCGGUUUAGCCGAUAGCUCAAAAAAUAAUGAAAAUAACCUGUCCGAUGGUGAUGAUGAUAAUGCUGAUUCUGAGAGACCCGUUCUUAAAGAUUAUUCCCAGUUGACAGUAAAGAAAUUUGAUUUGGAAUUUUCUAUUGAUCCUCUAUUUAAAAAGACUUCGGCUGAUUUUGAUGAAGGAGGUGCUCAAGGACUGUUGUUAAAUCAUUUGUCGAUUGAUACUGAUGGAAAGAUUAUAUUUGAUGCAAGCGAUGCCACUCUGGACGAAGCUGAAGAAAAUGAAAAUGAUGAAAGAGAUGCAAUGGAAGAAGAUUCUCCAGAGCAACCUAUUGAUAUAUCUAAACUUCAUAUUUGUCCAUCAUUAAAAUCGUUUGAAUUUUCUGUUGACGUUGGAUUUCUUACGCGAAAAUUAUCGGAUGAUGACGAAGAUCAAGUUAUCGCCGAUGAUGUCGAUGAUGAAAAUUAUCCUGACUUUUUUGAUGAUAAUUUUUUAAGUGGAGAAGAUGGUGGUGGUGGUGGAGAUGACGAUGAUGAUGGCAUAUCUGGUGUUUUUGAAAGAUUCGACGAUGAUCAGAGGGGGAGACCUACCGAAAAUGAUUUUAUUAUGGCCAUGGUUAAUAACACAAAUGAAUUUCAAUAUUUUGAUUCCGCAUUUUUAUGCAAUUGGGUUGGUCCAGAUCACUGGAAAUUAAAACGCGUUGUCAGAGGUGACGCUAAUGGCGAACCAAAGGAACGAAAAAAAAAAGAACCUUUUUCCAUAGAUUUUAUUGAUUCAGAAGACUUAAAUGAAAGAACUAUUUUUGCUUCUGCUGGGAAUUCGAUCACUUUACCCAAAUUGGCUGAAAAUGUUCAGCAUGCUUAUCAACUUCCCGAUGAUCUACACUUUUCAUCAAAACAAUUACUCCAGUUAUUUUUAAAGCCUGGAUUUAUGUUGAAAGCAAGACGUAGAUAUGAAGAACAACUUGCUGAAACUGAUAACAUUGAAGUAGAUGAAAAUUUCUGGGCCGAAGAAAAUAAUGACCCUGCAACAAACACAUCCUUCCCCGAUAUGAACACAUUUUUGCAUGAUGAUGAUGGAUUUGAGGAAGACAUAGAAGGGGAGUUUGGUGAUAAUUUAGUAUCACAAGCAAGAAGGAAUAAACCGGAAUAUAUAAAAUAUGCUAAAACUGCCAAACGGAUUGAUGUCAAAAAAUUAAAAGACAAUAUAUGGAAAACAUUAACGGACACUACGGAAAAUGAAUCUGAAACACCGACCAUAAAUAAUGACCAGCAACCUCCAUGCGACCAAUACUCGCUAGACUCAACGCAGAAAGUUGAAGAACAAAAAUUUACUAGUGUUAUAAAGAAUUUAAAAAAGAUAUAUCCAGAGAAAAAAAUGAAAGACAUAUCCGUGUCAUUUUGUUUUAUAUGUUUAUUACAUUUAGCAAACGAAAAAAAUUUAAGUAUAUCUGUGGAAAAUGAUAAAUUAUCAGAGUUGACGAUUCAACAG